AUGAACAGUGAUUAUUAUGAUGUUGCAUCAGAGUUGGAUCCAAGGGAAAUACUGCAUUAUCUAAAUACCUUAGGUAUAAAUAACAUAAGUGGAGAAAUUUUGAAAUAUUUUAUAACUGAUCUCAAAAAGCUUAUAAAAUAUGACUUGGAACAAAAGAAAGAGGGAAACAACGUAGCCAAGAAACCAGAUGUUUCAGGGCCUGAGAGACUUCACAGUGCAAGUACAUUUUCAUCGCGGAUCAGAUCCAGGUGCCAAGAAAAUAUUUCCAUGACCUGUGGUAGACAUUGCCAAAAGAGAAAAAGUUGUACAAUUCGCAGCAUUCACUCUGCUCCUGUAUUAGGACAGUAUAAAAAAGAAAACAAUGUCAAUGUAAAACCCAUCAGAAGUUGUUCUUGUGCCAAUGUAAAAAGAAAACCAGAAGCUGUACUAGAUGAGACAGCACCCACUUCCAGCAACAAUUUAAUAAAAGUAAAGAAACAACCACAAAAGAAGAAAUGUGAUCCAGUUUCACUAUAUCAUUAUUAUACUGCAUUGUGGGCGAAAUAUAAACCAAAUGUACCAGGUGAAAAUGAUUGGUCAGAUUUGAGAUGGAGUGUAAGGCAGAAAAUGGCAGGGAAUAUUCCUAAACCCACUACAAAAAAAACAUAA